UUCUUGAUCACUUUUAAAAGACUCGUAUUGAGAUUAUAACUGCACAGUCAGACACAACGCUUAUGAAAGUAAACAGAUUUAAGGUAGGAUUUAAGAUGAGCCGAAUUAUGUGAAUGAUUCAACAAUUGCAGAGUUGGUCGAAGUGGUGUUUGAGAGUAGUGACGAGGAAACUACCGAAAAUAUUAAUGUCCAAAAUUGGGAAACACAACAUGAUUCAACGGACAUUAAAGAGACUAUUAAUGGUUUAAAAAAUCUGAUAAUGUUUAAAUCAGCAAACUUAUCAGUUUGGCAGGUGUUUACAGCUGUAAUGGCGAUCAUUGUGGGCUUUAAUUUAUCAGAUGAAGUGCAUCAGGCGCUUCUGGAACUAAUUAAAUUUGUAUCGGGACCAGAAUUUAAAUAUUUGGACACUUCGAAAUAUUUAAUGAACAAAUUAUUUAAUCCACUCAGUUCAGCGGCCGAAUAUGUAUUUCAUUGCACAAAAUGUAAUGCAUCAUUGACCAAGCCUAUACCAAUCAGUAAAAAUAUCCAGCGUGAAGUAAAAUGUGAUAAGUGCAACGCGAAAUAUAAAACUUCGAAAAAAGAAGGAAAUUUUUUUGUUACGCUCGACAUGCAAUCUCAACUUCAACAUUUUUUAUCUAAUGAAUUUAUCCAACAAGAGAUUGAAAAUAACGUGAAGAAUCGCCCAAAUUUCACCAACGGGAGUAUAAGUGACGUAUAUGAUAGUGAACGAUAUAUAAAUGAUGAAUUCAUUUGGACAAAAAAUGAUGAGAAUAACACUGUGUUGACAUUAAAUGUGAAUCUUGAUGGAGCACCGCUAUUUAAAAGCGGAAAAAAUAGCUUUUGGCCAAUCCAAUGUAUUAUUAAUGAAAUACCGCAAAAGUUCCGCCAUAAAUUUAUGCUUUUGGCUGGUUUAUGGUACACUUCGAUUGAGCCAAAAGCUGAUUUCAUGAAUCUCUACUUAGAUUUAUUUAUUGCGCAAAUUAAAAAGCUGACAGUCGAGGGCUUGAAAAUUGUCUCAAAGAGCGGAUGCAUUAAAACCUAGUUUGUGAAAAUUUUUUCUUUUCGUGUGGAUUCAGUAGCUCGGCCUGUUUUACAAAACAGAUUACAAUUUAAUGGAUUCUUCGGCUGUAGUUGGUGCUAUCAGCGUGGAGCAACCACUUCUAAAGUUAUGAAGUAUCCAUUGACAGCUGACAUUCCAAAGGAACGUGACCAUGACAGCUAUUUGAAGGAUGUGGAGAAACAUAAAAAAGAUAUUGAGAAGCUCCGGAAAACAAAAAAAAAUGAAAAAUACACAGUUAACGGCAUUAAAGGUUCAAGUGUUCUGGCAUCACUUCCAAAUUUUGAUUGUGUUUGGGGCUAUCCUCAUGAUUACAUGCACGGCGUCUUAUUGGGUGUGGAGCGUCAGCUUUGGAACAAGUGGAGCAAGGAAUUUCUAUCAGCCGAUCAAAGAAAACUAAUUAAUGCUCGAUUAACAAAUAUCCAGCCAACUAAUGAGAUUCAUCGAACUCCACGAAUAUUGUUAAAAAAACAAUCACGGAAAGCUACAGAAUGGCGGUCGUGGUUAUUAUUUUACAGCAUUCCUGUAUUAAGCGGAAUAUUACGUCAAGAUUUGCUUGAUUCAUACAAACUAUUCGUCUCAAGUAUAUUCAAACUUCUUUCGGUGAACAUGACUGAAGAUGAUUUGUUGAGUUGCGAAAUGAAUCUACUCCAAUUUGUAUACGAUUGCCAAAACUUUUAUGGAGCUUCGUUUAUGACAUUUAAUGUGCAUUGUUUAUUACAUAUGGUACAGAGUGUGAGGAAAAAUGGUCCGUCAUGGGCAACAUCAACAUAUGCAUUUGAAAACAAUAUUUUCAAUUUAAAACAAAAAGUAACGGGUCCGAAUGGGGCAAUUAAUCAAAUGGCAAAUAGGACAUUACGUGACAAUAAUUUUCAAGUCAUACUACAUGAUGAACCUAACGAGUUAUGUCGGCAAUUUUGUAAUGAUAUAAUUGAUAGAAAACGAGAGAAAGUAUCUAGUGCUGAACGUUCAGUAAAUGGCGCGGUAUUACUGGACCCUGUUUUUGGACAAGCUCCAAAAAGCUCUGUUUCUUUUUAUUAUCGCUGUUUAUACAAAAAAAAAAAUGUAUCACGGUCAAUUUUACACCCAAGUCAAGAAAACAAAUAACUCAUUUAUUAGGUUGAGAGACGGAAGAAUGGCUCAAAUUAUUAGAUUUUUAUUAAAAAAUAAUGUAGCAUCGAUGGAGACUCUCAUUUUGGACGUCGAAAAAGUAGAUGGGUGUGAAAAUUUAUGGAAAAUUUGCAAUCGUAAGCCUGAAAAAACGAAAUUGCCGAUAACCGCUAUACAAAACAAAAUGAUAUACGUAUCUAUUAAAGCCAUGGCGGCAAAUGAAUGCAAUCAGAAUUAUAUAGCUAUACAACCAAAUGAUUUUGAGGUUCAAUAAAAAAAAAAGGCCAUUCGGCAGCCGAAAUGGAAGUAGAUUUCACGAACAGCUAAUUUUAAUCAUAAACAUUAAUAAUAAUAAUUAUUACGUAAUUAUUUAUUUAUUUAAGGACUGGGAAUGGAGAUGAAAGUAGAGACAAAUUGAUCGAAAAAACGACUACAAAAGUAAAAUUUCAUUAAAAACCUACAGACGAAUAGGUUAUUUUAAGUAGGAAAAUAAAAUACUAUGGAAAUUGAAGCUCGUUUAACGGGCUUUAAAAUACAAUUUACAAAAAUUCAAUCAGUUAUUUCAUUCAAAAGUUAUCCGCGAAAGAAUCCGCCAAAAUAUAAAUUUUUAUGAUUUUGAAAAUUUUGAAAUCCUAUAAUUUCUGAACUACUUAAACGAUUGAGCUCAUCUUUGAACUUGGCCUUAGUAUCCGUCUAAAGAUUAAGUAUGUUGAGUUUGGAAAAGAUCCAUUAUAAAUUAGAGACGCUAUCGUCCGGAUAAGCCGCGUUAUAUCGUAUAUAUAUAUAUAUA